AUGGCAGGCGGCAACAACAAGAAUGGAAAGAAGAAGGUGCUUGUUGUGGGAGCUGGCGCGGCUGGAAUGUCAGCCGCUCACCACCUUUCUGAACAUCCCGACAAAUUCGACGUUACUCUUAUCGAUGCAGUAGAUUAUUGUGGUGGCCAGGCCUUUUCCAUUGGAGUCGACAAGGAACGCCAUGGAGCUGACUGGCUAAACCAAGGUGUUCAGGGUGGAAGCUAUAUUUUCCACCACACCAUGACAAUGUUCGCAAGACAAGGCCACCAUGCGGACCCGGUAAACCUCCAAGUUUCGUUUGGCAAAGACGACAUCUUCUGGACUAACGUCUUUCCAACCGAGCUUCUUGCGCGACAUCAGAAGGAAAUCAGGAAGUUUCACACCAUGCUUAAGAUUGUUCGCUGGUUUGAGAUUUUCUUCGCAUUGAUCCCGAUCAAGAUCCUUUUCAAGAUGUUCUGGUUUUCUGAAGAGUUCACCAACACUGUCGCCAUGCCCAUGAUAGCACUUUUCCUGGGAACCGGAAACGAAACGCCAAAUGUACCAAGCAUCAUUCUCGAACGACUCGUCACCAGUCCAACGUACGGAAUGUGGUAUCCGGGAGAUAAGCACAGUGUUGCUAGCAAUCUGCCGCCCAUGGUUGUGUUCCCCAAGUUCAGCGAGUUUUAUGAGCGCUGGAGGCAAGAUCUGCUCAAGCGCGGUGUCAAUGUUAGGCUAUCAACGGAGAUUACGCGAGUAAUGAAGCGAGACAAGACCGGAGUUACCGUAAGGCUGAUCAAGCGUACUCCGAUGCCUGAUGCGCACAACCCCAACAGUGUUAAUGUGCCAUACGACAACGACCACAAUGCCGAUCCAGAUGCACAGGAAAAGGAAGAGCACUAUGACGAACUGAUUCUCUGCGUGCUCGCCGACACAGCAAAGCGUAUCUUGGAACCCACAGCCUCCUUCCGCGAGAAGAAGGUCCUUGGCUCCGCCAAGUUCUCUGAUGACAUCACUGUCACCCACUGGGAUACCGACUAUAUGCACAAGCACUACGAGAACUUCUACGACCCAAACAAAGCCGUUACAAAGCUUUCCAACAUCGACCAAACUGCGCGCAACACGAUGGCUGAGAAGUCAUUCAAGCCAAUGUACUACAUCAAAAUGUAUCCCCAGGAUCGAUCAAAACUCGAGAUGUGCUUUGACUGCACAAACUACCAAAGUCAAUUCCCUCCGGAAGUUCCCUUUGAAAAGCACAUCUUCCAGACUAUUUAUCUGAAUAAGGCACGAGACAGCCAUUUAUGGAGCAUCGAUGAGAUCAACAAGGAUAAAAUUAUUCGCAAGGAUUGGUGGCACCAGUUAUGCCAUUCCUGGACGCAUUACGCUUUCGUAGUCCCGUGGAUGUGGCUUCUGCAAGGUCGGAAACAUACUCGUUUUGCUGCGGCGUGGACUCUCAUCAAUGCUCACGAGGUUGCUGUCAUGAGCGGCAUUGCUGCGGCUGUUGAUCUUGGUGCGCAGUACCCCGCUGAUCUUGAACGCGACAAGUUUGCUUUCUUGAGCUUCAGGUUGUAUUACCUACUGGCUUAUGGAAAGUGGUAUAGUCGGAAGGCGACCAAGAAGACGAAGGAGGGACCGGGUAAGGACUGGGCGAGUGGUCUUUACGGCAGCGUAUAUCGUGGUCCAGGUGUGAGUGAUAUUGAUCGGUUGCAGUGGAGAGAGGAGAACGAUGUGCAAGAUGUGCCCAUCAAGUAUGGAUUCCCGACUGACAGUGGGAAGCGAUAA